AUGCCGCUGGGCGGAAAGGGGUGUCUAGGCGAGCUGUAUAUCUUGAAAAAACAGAACCGCAAUUUGCGCGUUCUGCUUUCAAUCGGCGGAUGGUCUUAUAGAGCCGACCUAACGAGUGCAUUCGCAACUCGGGAGGGCCGCAACGAAUUCGCCCGUUCCGCGGUCGAGCUCGUAAAAACCCACUGGCUCGACGGACUCGAUGUCGACUGGGAGUACCCUGAAAACGCUGAACAAGCUCAGCAGUACGUGGAAGUUCUCAAACUAAUCCGUCAAGGUCUGAACGAGCUUGCCCUGCAGUCUCAUUUGCCCACCUCGUUCUUCGAUCUCACUGUUGCAGUCCCUGCAGGCGCCGCACAGAGAGAGGUGCUUGACAUCCCAGCAAUGAGCAAACACCUCACAUUUUGGAAUCUUAUGUCCUACGACCUUUCUGGAGCGUGGUAUCCGGUAGUAGCCCACCAUGCCAACUUGUUCGGGGGCGCCGACAAUGUCACUAACGCGGUCAACCACUACAUAACCCACGGCGUGCCACACGACCGCCUCGUCUUAGGCAUGCCUCUGUAUGGCAGAUCCUUUGCUAAAACACAGGGUCUCAACCACAAAUUUAAAGGUACUCUGCCAGGACGCUUUGAACAAGGCGUGCAUGACUUGAAAGAGCUGCCCAUACCGGGCACUACCGAAAUGGUCGAUCGCCGUCAAGUCGCUGCCUUCUGCAAGGGGCCCGAUUUUUUCGUCACUUAUGAUAACGCAGAAACAUUCAGAUCCAAAGCUGUGUUUGCCAAGGAGCACAACCUUGGAGGCGGUAUGUGGUGGGAGGCCUCGGGUGACCGCCCUGGCCGCCUUUCGGGCAUCAGCGCGUUCGUCGAUGAAUUCGGUUGCGGAGCUCUUAAACCCAACUGGAUCAAUCCUCACUAA